AUGUUUUUCUGUACUCUCUCAUUCUAUAUGUUUUUCUAUACUCUCAUCUAUGACUUUUCUAUACUCUCUUAUUCUUUUUUUUAUAUACUCUCUUAUUCUAUAUUUUUUCUAUACUCUCUUAUUCUAUAUUUUUUCUAUACUCUCUCAUCUAUGUUUUUCUAUACUCUCUCAUCUAUAGACUCUUAUUCUAUAUGUUUUUUCUGCACUCUCUUAUUCAAUAUGUUUUUUCUGUACUUUCUUAUUCUAUAUGUUUUUUUUGUACUCUCUUAUUCAAUAAUUUUUAUACUCUCUUAUUUUAUAUGUUUUUGUUACUCUCUUAUUCUAUAUGUUUUUCUAUACCCCCUCAUCUAUAUGUUUUUCUAUACCCCCUCAUCUAUAUGUUUUUCUAUACCCCCUCAUCUAUAUGUUUUUCUAUAUUCUAUGUUUUUUCAUCUAUUCAUAUUUUUAGAUACUCUUAUUCUAUAUGUUUUUUCUGUCAUCUAUAUGUUUUUUCUUAUUCUAUGUUUUUUCUAUACUCUCUUAUUUUUUCAAUAUUAUAUGUUUUGUAUACUCUUAUUCUAUAUGUUUUUUUAUUCUUAUUCUAUGUUUUUUUCUCUUAUUCCCUUUUUAGAUACUCUCUUAUUCUAUAUGUUUUUUUUCUAUACCCUCUCAUCUAUAUGUUUUUCUAUACCCUUUCAUCUAUAUGUUUUUCUAUACCCCCUCAUCUAUAUGUUUUUCUAUACCCUUUCAUCUAUAUGUUUUUCUAUACCCUCUCAUCUAUAUGUUUUUGUAUUCUCUUAUUCUAUAUAUUUUUCUAUACCCUCUCAUCUAUAUGUUUUUCUAUACCCUCUCAUCUAUAUAUUUUUGUAUACUCUUAUUCUAUAUGUUUUUCUAUACCCUCUCAUCUAUGUGUUUUUGUAUACUCUUAUUCUAUAUGUUUUUCUAUACCCUCUCAUCUAUAUGUUUUUUCUAUAUCUCAUCUUAUUUUUGUAUACCCUUAUUCUAUAUGUUUUCUAUACAUCCUCAUCUAUAUGUUUUUGUAUACUCUUAUUCUAUAUGUUUUUCUGUACUCUCUUAUUCUAUAUUUUUCUGUACUCUCUUAUUCUAUAUUUUUUUAUACUCUCUUAUUUUAUGUUUUCGAUACUCUCUUAUUCCCCAUAA